AGCAGAUCAAUGAACGAAAAAUAUGCGAAGCUUUGGAGCGGAUUUCUUUCUUCUUUUUUCUCGAUAAGAAGAAAAUGCUAUGCUUUGGAGCGACUUUCUUUGUUCUUUUUCUCAAUAAGACAAAAAUGCUAUGCCUUGGAACGGAAAUUUGAGUGUAAAAAUGGGGGUCCCCUCCGCGGCACAUACCCACUAUGCAUUAUAUACUGAGUGCCCCCCCCCCCCCGGGCUGCGAGCAGGCGAAUGAACUAUACAUUACAUGUACGCAAUCGUGGCGCCUCAUUUUGCACGGGGUUCUGUUUGAUUUCGAGUGCAUGUUUUGGACCUGCAAUGCACCUGUUGCACAGAAACCGAUUGCUCGAUGGGUUGCGGUGCAGUGUCGUGUGCUGAGACUUCUCCGCAGCUGAAUUUUAGAUAGAUGAUGAGCUCUAGCUGAGUUGGUGAUGUAACUAAUACAAAAUGGCUGACAGCUUACACAAAAGUGCCUCUAGAAACCCUUUUGGUAGUACAACUAUGGAAGAACAGGAAGCCACCAGGCACGAUUGUCCAUCUCCCCUCAACCCCUUCAGUCUUCCACCAAGGUCUACCAGUCCUGGCAAUCCUUUCGCUACACCUGUUACCCCUCUUGGCAAUCCUCCAGAUGAAGAAGGGCUUCCAUUUGGCGAUGUCUGCGAACCAAUGCAACCUAUCAGACUAGACGAUAUGAUUCCCGGUUCUGCAUCCAGGACAAAAAGUGAUGUUGAUACAAUGUCUCGUGGGCCAUCAUCUAAGAAACAAGAUGGUGUCUUUGAAAACCAUGUUCCUGAUGGCCCCAGUUCUGGAACGUCCGAUUGGGUGAACAACACAAACAAUAGCAACCGCGCAGAUGAGACCGCAGAGGAUGUUGGUUUUGGUGAUGACUUUGGUUCCUUGAGCCACACUGAUGUGAUCUUCAAGACCGGAUUCAUGGAUAGCAACUUCAAAGCUGUAGCAGUCACAGCUGAGGAGGAUGAUCUUUGGUCCUCAUCAUUCAUUAUGGAAGAUCUGUCAGCCAAUGAAGAAACUCUCCUGUCAUCAGGUGACCAGGAAUCAACAAAUCUGAGAGCACAAAUGUGCGCAGACUCAAAUGUACAUAUUGAAGUAGACUUUUUACCAGACUUGCCUGAAGGUCUUUGGCAAGAAGAUUCCACAGAUCAGCACUUUGCCAAAGAAAUCAAUCCCGUCCCUGAUCCUUGGACGUCAGAAGACCUAACUUUUGAACAUUCACAAUGGAUUCAGAACUCACAAGCAACUGAUGUUGAGGAUUUGUUUUCCAGGGGAGGAUCAGAUCCCUGGGGAGCUGAUGCCAAGAUGGAAACUACAAAAGAAACUGGACACCACCAAGUGGAUGGAUUGGGGCAGGAUCCGUGGACUCCUUGUAAAAAUGCCAAAGAGGAUGAUGAUCACAAGUUAGCCAAACCAAAGACUCUCGAUCUUUCUUUCCCAUUGUGUAAUCCAUUUUCUUCAAAAAACAGUGUAGGUACAACCUUGCAGGAUCCUUCAAGUCCCUUUCAAGAUGAUCCAACUAGUCCAUUCCACCCUGACUAUGAUCCAGCCCUGCAUAGGUCCAAUCCAAGCUCAUUCCCAUUUCCAGAAUCAUCCAAGCUCCAAGGAGGUACCUCAAGCAGUCAUAGUGAUCCUUGGAGUCCUAGUCUUACCUCUCGUAACCUCGCCGAAAACCAUUCCCAGGGAAGCAGUGCAUUCCACUCUCAGAAUGCUCUGACUACCCACGAUUCCAGCACAAGUACAUUCCAGUUUUCUGGAUCAACACGACCACAAGAAAGUCCAUCUGGGACUCUAAACAAUCCCUGGUCUCCUAGUCUUACUCCUGCCAAUGGAAAAAGAGAUGGUUCUGGAAGGAGUAGGUCACUUAAUCCUUUUGCACCGGUUGAAGACACUGCUAACCCUUUCUUGCCUGAUCUAGAUCUACUGCCUGGAAAGCUAGAGAGGAUGAAUCAAAGAGAGGUGAGUGUCAAAGAGUAUGCAUGUUCUUUAUUAUCCAAGUACUAACAACAUUUUAUGUCGUGUGCUGCAGGUAUUUCUUUGUAGUAGAUGGUAGUACAAGACUGGUAGUAGUAGUUCUCUGCAGUCCUGUUCUGUUCCUGUGAACUUGGGUAUCGAGAUUUCCAACAAAGCUCUGUGAAUGGGCUUGCGUUUGGAAUACAAUCCAUUUAAUGGGUUUGAGGCAGAAGGAGACGUGAUAGUAAAAAAUAUUUAAACAGAAAAGGUUACCACUUUCAUUUUUCUUUUAGAUAUUUCCAAUAGCAAGACAUUUUAUUGAUUGGCUUUUUUAUUAUGAUAAUUUUGUAUUCAUUAAUUUGUUAAUUCAUUAAGUCUAAAUACAUCUUCUACUUUAUUCAAUUUUUCAUUGAUAAAAAUAUAAGAUUUUUUCAGCAAAAUAGGUUGAAAUGCAUUAUUUACAAGUUGAAUAAUUACAGGGAAAUCAAGGAGAAUAAAUUGUAUCAUCCUAUCAUACAUUAAACCAAGUCCACUAUCUGUGUAAUGUGCAUGUUUGUUAGAGAGAGAGAGAGAGAGAUGUAACACUCGUUCAUGUUUGAAGGGUGAUCUGAAGCAAUAAUAACUAUUGCCAGACAAGUAAAAUGCGACCAAGAGUUAAAAAAAAAAGUGUUUAUUCUAAUGAGGCACGAUAGCUCAGUCGGUAGGGCGGGGGUUUCGGAUUCCGGAGACUUGGGUUCGAUUCCCAAGUGGUGCGCUGGUUGCUUGCUCACAGGCAUUCGUGCUCUCUUAGCAGUCAGGUAAAAUACCUUGGUAUGUAUGUACAGUACCAUUGAUGUGGCACUGCAACCAAUAAGAAAUAUAAACAAACUGCAAGUGCUCCCUCUGUCCAAAUUGGAUUUGAGUUUCUGCUUUGCCAUCUCGUGACGAAUUACACCUUCAGCCAAACUUCUUCAUUUGUGUAUAGCUCCCUCUUGUGUUUGUAUAAGUCAAGGCAAGUACCAGUAUGAUAACUUCUACCAAAUUGUACACAUCUGACCGUUUCUUUAUGUCAUUUUGAAAACAAUUCUUAACCCUAGUUGAAAAAAAUCGACCCCACAAAUUUAUGAAAUCACUUUGUUUUUUAUAAAAUUAUUACAAAAAAGUGAUAUUACACAAUAUAUGGAGGAGCUGAUGUCAC